AUGGUGCGAGCGGUGAAGAGGGAGAUGGUUAAAGGCAGCAGUCGUGUUACUCGAAGCAGUGCGCAGAACAACAAUGGCGGACAAGGUGCAGACGAGAACAGCGAAGCUGAAGAUAGCACCGUCAAACGCAGAGUUCUUCGUUCGAAGUACCUCAGAUUUAAGAAUCGGAUUAGCGAUGAGAGAGAUGAUUUAUCAAAAGUUGAUUCAGAUAAGUUCAAAUCAAUGAUUGAAGAAGUUGAUAGCUUGCACCAGCUAGUUCAAAAGCCCAGGGAACAAGUAGCAGAUGCUGAAGCUCUGUUUGACAUUACAAACACAUUGGUGACCUCUGUCAAAGCAUUUAACAAUGAAGGCGUGACACCUUCAGAUUUAGUUAGUUGUCUUAUCAGGGAGUUCGCGCAAGAUGGUGGACCAAGCAGUAGCCAGAAUGAGGGCAGGAGUUUGAUAUGCUGGAAAGAUAUCGGGCAAGUGGUCUCUCAUAUUUUCAGGAGCGCUCCUGGUUGCUGCACGAUGAUUGGGCCCAUGAACACUGAGCUGAAACAGCGUAAGAUUGCAGUUCAUAGAAAGCGUGCAAGACCAACAGAAAAUGAACACCCUGAAGAGCUCGAUGAAAAUGCUAAUAAGGAAAAAACUGAUACUGAUAAGAACAUGGCUACUAUGUUUGAUAUUCUGAGGAGAAAGAGGAAAGUCAUGCUUGAAAAUUUGAUAUUGAAUCGAAACUCCUUCGCACAAACUGUGGAAAAUCUAUUUGCCCUGUCCUUUCUGAUAAAAGAUGGGCGAGCUGAGUUAUCAGUAGAUGAUUCUGGAUGUCAUCUGGUUUCUCCAAGGAAUGCUCCUAGUGCAAGUGCAAUCCAAUCUGGGGAGGCCACUUACUGCCAUUUUAUAUUCAGAUAUGACUUCAGAGACUGGAAGUCAAUGUUGGCUUCAGUUAAAGCUGGAGAGGAACUAAUGCCACAUAGAACUGAAGCACAUGAUCAUUGGUCUGACCCAGAGCCCGAGCCGGAGCCCGAACCUGGUCCUGAGCCUGGCUCCGAAGGAGCUCAUGCAGCCCAGCCCACAACACCUAUAAGGAAAUUAUGCAGAAACCGAGGUUUGGUUAUGCAGGAACAAGCCGUAGUUGCAGAUUCUCCUGAAAGUGAAGAUACAGCUGCUGCUAGGGCUGCAGCCAUUCGAAAGGGAAAAAGGAAACUAACAUGA